AUGACAACACUUAAAGUGCUCGCAACUGGACCAGCCAAUGGAAAACUCAAAAUUUUCUUUGAAGAAGUAACCAAAAACCACCAAAAAUUUGGACCCUUUGAUUUAUUAUUAUGCCUCGAUUUAUUUGGUGAAAAUACGGAAGAAUUAGAUUCAUUGAUGUCAGGGGAUCUAAGUGUUCCGAUCAUGACAUAUUUUAUGCAUGGUCAACACGAAUUACCUGAAGCUGUAAAAAAACACGUUGAAAGUAAUCAAGGAGAAUUAUGUCAUAAUCUUUUUUACCUUGGACAGCAAGGUAGUAUAACUACUACUCAUGGAAUUAAAAUUGUAUUUGUUAGUGGAAUAAUGGAAUCCAUGAUGAAUAAUCCACCUACUCAAGUUGAUAUUCUUCUUACUUAUGAAUGGCCCAAAUCAAUUACAAGAUUUUCAAAAAUUCUUACUGAAAAUAUAGGAGGAUCAGAAUUUGUAUCAUUAUUAGCAGCAAAAAUUAAACCAAGAUAUCAUUUCGCUGCAUCAGAAAAAAUAUUUUUUAAAAGAGAACCUUAUCAAAAUAUACCUUCACCUAAUUUAAUUGGUGAUAGUGAUGAUACUCAAUUACAACUUGGACUUCCUACUUGGUUUGUUGGAUUUGCUGAAGUAAAUAAUGAAUCUAAGGGAAAGUGGUAUUAUGGUUUCAACCUUGUACCUUAUAUACAUUUAUCACCAUCUACUUUUAUGAAUCCUCCACAAAAUAUGACAGAAUGUCCUUAUCUCAAAUUAAAUACUGGACAAAAGAGGGGACAUAAAGAAAUAGAAGAGAAAAAUGAUUUCAUUUUUUCAUCUAUCAAUGAACCAGCAAAUAAACGUGGUCGACGAAAUGUUCAAGGACCACCACCAGUAAAUUAUGUUUGUAAUAAAUGUAGUGUACCAGGACAUUGGAUUAAUGAAUGUCCCGAAGAUAAAUCAAAACAAAAUAUAAAACAUCCUCAUACAAAUUAUGUAUGUAAUAAAUGUAAUGCGAAAGGAACCCAUUUUAUGAUUAAUUGUCCAAAUUAUACUUGCAAAUUAUGUGGAGAUAAAGAUCACGCACCUAAAAAUUGUCCAAAUCCUACGGCAUUAACGAAUAAGAAAAAAAAUAACAAUGCAAAUAAUAAUUCAAGUUCUCAAUGUUGGUUUUGUAUUACUAAUCCGAAAACUGUAAAACAUUUAAUCAUUUCUGUUGGCAAGGAAAUAUAUUUAUCGUUGGCUAGAGGUAGUUUGAUAGAUACCCAAAAUCCGGAUGGACUUCUUGUACCAGGUGGUGGACAUGCAUUGUUGGUCGCAGUUCCUCAUUGUUCAUCAUUUCGAGAAAUUCCUAUUGAUGAACAAGUUGAUUUGACGGCAGAAAUUGAAAAAUAUAAAAGUGCAUUAAAGAAAUUUUUUCAUGCCCAUGGAUCAGGAAUGGUUUUAUAUGAAGUUUCAUUCUUUGGUAAAAAAAAUCAACAUAGUCAUAUGCAAGUAGUUCCGGUUCCUUUGGAUCAUGAUCCUAAUAAAAUUCGGGAAGUAUUUGUUGAGGAAGCCGAAAAUUUGAAUUUGAAUUUACUUCCAAUUUCAUCAACAACAUCAUCAUUACCGGUGAAUUAUUUUAAAGUUGAUUUUUCCGAUGGAACGUCUUUAAUUCAUGAAAUUAAUCCAGAAGCACAAUUUGAUGUACAAUUUGGAAGGAAAACUCUUAGUAAAUUAUUGGGAUUAUCUAAUCGUAUUAAUUGGAGGGAGUGUACAUUGCCUGAAGAACUUGAAAAGAAAGAUGCGGAAAAUUUUAGACAAGCAUUUAGUCCUUAUGAUCCAAUGAAUCAAAAUAAUUCAUAA